AUGAGUCAUCUUCCAGGAGUAUUGUUCUUCUGGAAAGAUCCCGAAAGACCAAUUAAUAUGAUACUUCUCCAGUCAGAUCAGUCCAAGAGUUUUGGUAAAGAAGAGCAUUUAUGCUAUUGGAGAUUAAAAAAGUUGCCAGGUUUGCCAGGUUUUUUAAGAAAGCCUGACAAUUUUUUUCUUACUGUCAGAGUUGACAUUGGUAACCAAAAUCGGAAUUUACAAGCAACCAGGGUAUUGAUUCUGCAACUUAGUUACAAGUGCCAGAAAAGAAAUACCGGAUCGAGACUUGACAUUAUCGUCAUUCAGAUUGGCUUACAAGAAUUUGGGCACAACAUGAGCAAUAUCACUUAA